AUGAAGGUUCCACAACUUCAACUAGCAAAGGCAUUCUGUUCACAAAAGAACUCUACAUUCUUCCGUUUGUUAAUUGCUCAUAAGUUCCAAGCUGUCUUUUUUAUAAUCUCUUCUGCAUUACUUUUAUAUCUUUCUCUCUCAUUUUUGUCUCCCUCUCUCAUAUUUGUCUCUCUUCUGAAACAUCUCCCUUUCUAUUUUGUUUCCUCUUGCUUUCUCUAUCCUCCUGUCACUGUAGGCCUUUUUUAUAAUCUCUUCUGCAUUACUUUUAUAUCUUUCUCUCUCAUUUUGUCUCCCUCUCAUAUUUGUCUCUCUUCUGAAACAUCUCCCUUUCUAUUUUGUCUUUUUUAUAAUCUCUUCUGCAUUACUUUUAUAUCUUUCUCUCUCAUUUUGUCUCUCUCUCUCAUAUUUGCCUUUUUUAUAAUCUCUUCUGCAUUACUUUUAUAUCUUUCUCUCUCAUUUUUGUCUCCCUCUCUCAUAUUUGUCUCUCUUCUGAAACAUCUCCCUUUCUAUUUUGUUUCCUCUUGCUUUCUCUAUCCUCCUGUCACUGUAGGCCUUUUUUAUAAUCUCUUCUGCAUUACUUUUAUAUCUCUCUCUCUCAUAUUUGUCUCUCUUCUGAAACAUCUCCCUUUCUAUUUUGUUUCCUCUUGCUUUCUCUAUCCUCCUGUCACUGUAGGCCUUUUUUAUAAUCUCUUCUGCAUUUCUUUUAUAUCUCUCUCUCUCAUAUUUGUCUCUCUUCUGAAACAUCUCCCUUUCUAUUUUGUUUCCUCUUGCUUUCUCUAUCCUCCUGUCACUGUAGGCCUUUUUUAUAAUCUCUUCUCAUUUUCUUUUAUGUCUUUCUCAUUUUUCUUGGUUUUCCCAAUGAAAUAUUGUACUGACCUUCAUAUCAGCUGGUAUUUUCACCUGUCAUUUGUGACUCUGACACUCUUUCUCCCCAUCUCUUUCCUCUCCACUGGUUUGGUCUUCAACAACCUGCUACCAAUAUUAUCCUGCUUAAACACAACUUCAGCAGUCUCCUGGUAUUUCCAAACCCAACUGACCAAAAAUUAUUGA